AUGCCGCUAGACUGGAGUGCCCUGGCCCCCGGCCCCAUGGGCACAGCCAUGCUCGGUGAGAGCGGAAUUGAAGGUGCUGCUCGACGUGGAUGCGAGCGUAUGCAGCGUGAAGAAGAGCAAAAAGCUCCUGGCAAUAACACAGGCGACGAACAACAUAGAGAAUCCCAGCCAAAGUCAGCCAAAUGCGAUGCCACGGCUUCAGAUGAUACUGCAAUCAUUGAAGGAAAGCUAGCUCGGUUCAAAAGAAAGUUGAGCUUGUUCAAGAAGCAUUAA